AAAAAAAACACGGAAGAAAUGUAUUUGUUCUUCAAAAAACCCCGACUCGGGUAAAAAACCCAGAAAUGGAGCUCACCGAUUCGAACGAUUCAAAGUCCGAGACUCGUUCACCUCUCGGCAUAGAUCUAAACGAGAUCCCUUCUUCUUCUUUUACCCAAACUCUACCCGAAUCCGACGAACCCGAUUCCUUUUCCAUAGUUCGGGCUAUCCACGAGAAUCCCGACCCGGCUCUAGGCGAGGCCGCCGGUGUCCCCAUAGGAAACGAGAGGGAGCAUUGCGGUGUAUGUGGCUUGUCGGCGGCGAUGGCUGGAGGAGGAGGGGUGGUGGUUUGUGACGGCUGUGAGCGAGGGUUUCAUCUUUCAUGCUCCGGGGUUUCCGGGAUGUUGUCUGCGGGGCAGGAUUGGGUUUGUGCAGUGUGCGUUGGCCGCGGAGUAAGGACUCAGCGGUGGCCGCUUGGGUUCGAGGCCAAAAAACGUAUUCUUGAUAUCAAUGCUUCCCCGCCGAGUGAUGGUGACGGGGAGGGUGAUGAGAUGAAGGGGUUAAUGAGACAGCGCAUGCCUGGUGACAAUUCUUUUGUUGGCAAUGGGUUAGGUGCCCCCUUGACACAUAUGCAUUCCUUGUAUGCGGGUAAUGGAUUUGGCUCUCAGAAAGCUCCUAGGAUGUUGACGCAUGCAGUUAAAAUUGGUUUUGAAGAUAUUGUGCAUCGUAUACGAACUAGAGAUAAAAGUUUUGAUGAGGUAGAUUUGGAUUCUCCACUAAGGAUGCUGAGGAAUAGUAAUAAUACAACUAUUAGAUUUCCAACUCGGAAUCCAAGUGAUGUAUUUUUGCAGGCUCUUAGAGAAUAUGUUUCGGAAAGACAUGGGAUCCUGGAGGAAGGUUGGCGCGUGGAACUAAAACAUUCAAUGAGUGGCUGUGAUCUAUAUGCAGUUUAUUGCGCUCCUGAUGGGAAAACAUUUGGCUCAGUGGCUGAGGUUGCUUCCUAUCUUGGGUUGAUGUCGAACUAUAAACCUGUGGAUGCUGAAAUAAAACGUGAGGGGGCUUGUAAUCAGGAAAGAUUGCAUAUGCCAAGAAAACGGAAGUCAAGUAGGUUUUCAUUUGCCAGUGGAUUUCCUGAAAAUAAGGGAAGUUGUGUAAGUGGACAUUACAAGGAAUUUCCUUGUGAUUGUCAAACUGUGGAAAAGUUUGCCAAUAGAACUUGUAGCUUGAAAGUCAUUGAAGCUGUGCAAGAUGAUAAGAGAUCUGAAUCUGAACAAAUUAAUGAUGGGCUUCCUGUGCAGUUUGAAGAUUUUUUUGUUCUUUCUUUGGGGCUUGUUGACACGAGACCUUCAUACCACAAUGCUACUUUGAUCUUUCCUAUAGGUUAUAGGUCUUGUUGGCAUGAUAAGAUCACUGGGUCCCUUUUUGUAUGUGAAGUUUUUGAUGGUGGUGAUUCUGGACCUAUUUUCAAGAUCAGAAGGUGUUCAUGUUCUGCAUUGCCCCUUCCAAUUGGGUCAACUGUCCUGUUUUUGCCCAAAAUUGAACAAACUUCUAGUCACAAUAAUGAAAGUGAUGCUAGUUAUUGUUAUAACAAGGAGUUCGAUGAAGAUGAAAGUAUUCAAAGGAUCCUUACAGAUCCUUGUCCACCUAUGGAAAAUGAUAUCGUGACUUGUUUGAAAUGUAGUUUGAAGGAAACAGAUGAUGUUCAGGACAUCGACGGAUCCCAACUUGAAGCUAGUUUAAUGUUUGAAAAAUCUGGAGAUAUGUUAAUAGAUGAAAUUGGUGAAAUUUCAGUGAAAGAGUAUUCCUCGUCUGAUGCAUGGAGAAUAAUAUCUCAGAAAUUUGUUGAUGCCUGCUCUGAGAUAAGUAAAAGAAAAGGUACUCUGAAGUUUUACUGUAAGCAUACAGGAAAGGAAAUGGGGUCCGUAAACUGGGAUAUGAUGGAUGAAAAGUAUAAAGAGACACUUACUCCAUUAGCUAAAUUUCGUGGCUUCUCUCCCCCCCUUCUUUUUGAGUAUCAGGCUAAUGAGCUGGAGUCUUGGGCUCAGGAACUGAAAAAAUGGCUGGGACAGGAUAGAUUUGGUCUGGAUGCAGAAUUUGUACAAGAAAUAAUUGAAGAGCUUCCUGAUGUCAAGGCCUGUUCACAAUAUGAAUCUUUGAGGAAAAGAAGUUCUUAUACAGGACCCUUAACAAUCAGAAAUGGUCUCCUGAAGGUUAGAACAACAGAUGGUCUUGAAUGUGAGGAAGAUAAAGGAUUGCAUGGUUUAUUUGGAAAGUCUAAACACCCCCAGUUGGUUGACGACCGCGGUCCUUCCACAGGGAAGCAAUUGUGCUUGAGACUUCCUCCUGAACUUCUUGGUGAUUUUCAUCAGGUGUGGGAGUUAUUAUGCCGCUUUGGUGAAGUAAUGGGUUUGCAAGAAACAUUUUCAGCCAAUGAACUCGAAGAGGAGCUUAUUAAUCCCUGGUCUAAACACUCAAAUAUCUUUCAUAAAUUUGGCUGUGAAAGCCAAGGAUCAGAUAUCCUGAGUUUAUCUAGAAUUGACAGUAUGUGUGAAAAAAAGGUAUCACCAAGUGGUGAUUCCUAUAUGGAAAAUUCUACUGAAAACCUAAAUUCAUUUUUACAGACGGAAACAGGAGAAAUGUUGGAAGCUGACCAGGCUAGGCUUGCUUCUCUUAGCUACAGAAGAUACUUUGGUGUGAUAUUGACAAAGGUUCACAACUCACUGUUAGGGGUGCUAAUAGAUGAGCUGCAAUCAAAGGUUGCUGCACUUGUUGAUCCAAAUUUUGAUUCUGGUGUGUCAAAAUCUAAAAGGGGGAGGAAGAAAGAUUUAGAUAGUACAGCUCCUGCUAAAAAGGUUAAGCUCAGUGUGCUCCCAAUUAAUGAAUUGACCUGGCCUGAGUUAGCUAGAAGAUACAUGUUGUCUUUCUUAUCUAUGGAUGGGAAUCUUGACUCAGCAGAUAUCACUGUCCGUGAGAGUGCUAAAGUGUUCCGUUGCUUACAAGGUGAUGGCGGGGUGCUUUGUGGUUCACUUGCUGGGGUGGCUGGGAUGGAAGCAGAUGCACUCUUGCUUGCAGAGGCUACAAAGCGAAUUUUUGGUUCUUUGAAUGCGAAAAGUGAUGUUCUAACCAUAGAGGAUGAAGGGUCUGGUCAAAAUGAUGCUUGUGAAAAGAAUUUUGUUGAUGGUGGUGAUAUUCCAGAGUGGGCAAAGUUGCUGGAGCCUGUCAAAAAGCUGCCAACAAAUGUUGGAACCAGAAUCAGAAGGUGUGUCUAUGAUGCUUUGGAUAAAGAUCCUCCAGAGUGGGCAAAGAAAAAAUUGGAACAUUCAAUCAGUAAGGAAGUUUAUAAGGGCAAUGCAUCAGGACCAACAAAGAGAGCUGUUCUUUCGGUCCUAGCAGAUAUUCAGAAAGAAUGUUCGACACAAAAAUCUGAGAAAAAAACUAGUAAAAAGAAGACCGUCUUAUCUGUAUCUGAUAUUAUCAUGAAACAAUGUCGCAUCAUAUUACGUCGUGCUGCUGCUGCUGAUGAUUCAAAGGUCUUCUGCAACUUGUUGGGAAGAAAGCUAAUGAAUUCCAGUGAUAAUGAUGAUGAAGGACUCCUUGGAUCUCCUGCCAUGGUGUCUCGUCCUCUAGAUUUUAGGACUAUUGAUUUGAGAUUGUCAGUCGGGGCCUAUGGUGGUUCACACGAAGCUUUUCUUGAGGAUGUUCGUGAGUUAUGGAGUAAUGUUCGUUCUGCUUUUAGUGAUCAGCCUGAUUUAGUUGAAUUGGCCGAGUCUCUAUCCCAAAACUUUGAGUACUUGUAUGAAGAGGAGGUACUUACCCUAGUUCAGAAAUUGGUGGAAUAUGCUAAAUUGGAAUGCUUGAAUUCUGAGAUGAAGACGGAAAUAAAUAACAUGCUUGCUUCAACAAGUGAUAUACCUAAAGCGCCUUGGGAUGAGGGAGUUUGCAAAGUAUGUGGUAUCGACAAAGAUGAUGAUAGUGUUCUUUUGUGCGACACUUGUGAUGCCGAGUAUCAUACAUAUUGCUUGAAUCCUCCACUGGCAAGGAUUCCUGACGGGAACUGGUAUUGCCCUGAUUGUGUUAGCAAACGUAUGGUUCAAGAUUCAUUGCAACCUUCACUUGUUAUCGUCCAAAAGAGAGGUAAAAAGUAUCAGGGAGAGGUUACCCGUGGUUACUUGGAAGCACUUGCACAUUUAGCAUCUGUGAUGAAAGAAAAAGAGUAUUGGCAGUUUAGUGUGGAUGAGAGAGCCUUCUUACUCAAGUUUUUGUGUGAUGAACUACUUAACUCAACACUUAUCCGUCAACAUCUUGAACGUUGUGCUGAAACAACAUUUGAGUUGCAUCAGAAAUUACGUUCUGCAUAUGCAGAAUGGAAAAAUCUUAAAUCUAAGGAAGACUUAGUUGAUGGAAAAGCUGCAAAGUUAGAUACAAGCAUGAUUAGUGCAGUUGGAGAUGGUGUAAAGGAAGGUGGUGAUCGGCUUCCAUCAGAUGGUGAGGUGGAUGCUGACCUUAAUGGUGCAAAUAAAUAUGCAUCUGGUACUCAUACAGAGAAAAGUUUUACCAGUAACGGCCAAUGCAAUCCAAUUGAUAUUGAGUCUCAGUUUAAGGGUGAAGAAGCCAUUGUGGUUGUGAGCAAAGUAUUGCCUGAAAAAAGCGAGAAAUCCCUUAGAACAAGUGUGUUGACUCUAUCAAAUCCUUUGCCCAAAGAAAUUGAUGACUCGAGGAAAGAAACAAAUUGCCAUGGUAUGGUGGACGAGUCUAAGGGAAUGGACGUGGCUUCUCCAUCUUCUCCUUCAGAUUGUGAUGGUCAGUUCCAGUCAUCUGAUGCGACAAGCCUGUAUGCAGCUAUGCAAGUUCCAUCUGUUGCUGAGAACGAGUCACAAUCUCACCACCUUGAGUUGAAUACUAUCAAGAGUGAUAUUCAACAUCUUCAGGACUUAGUUACAAGCUUAGAAUCACAGCUUUUGAAGUUAUCUAUUCGGAAGGAGUUUUUGGGAAGUGAUUCUUCUGGCCGUCUGUACUGGAUUUCAGCCAUGCCAGGUGGAUAUCCUAAGAUUAUUGUUGAUGGAAGUUUGGUAUUGCAUAAGAGGAGAGAUUUUCUGGGCAAUGAGGUACGGAGGCAUUGCACUUCAGUUAACUGGAAUUUUACCUCUGCCACCACAGAUACUGGUAUUAAAGCACAGUGUUCAAAGGCUUCCUGUUCGUUUGUGUAUAAUGCUAAAGAUGCACUUUUGGUUGGUUCACCAUGGGUUACAUAUCAGUCAAAUGCUGAAAUUGAAGAUCUUAUUAAUUGGUUGAAUGAUAAUGACCCAAAAGAAAAGGAGCUGAAAGAGGCUAUUUGCCAGAAGCUAAAAUUCCAGAAUUAUCAAAAAACGAGAAAACAAGCUCAAGAAGAGUGCCAAACUGCCUUUUCAUUGUCUGAUGGUUCUGAUAAAGUUGCGAUUCCCAGUUUUCUUGUUACCAAAGCAGCAAUGUUGCUGGAGAAGAAGUUUGGUCCGUGCUUCGAGUCAGAAAUAGCUGACUCUGUGAAGAAGCAAGGUAAAAAGGAAAAGGUGAUCAUUGAAGAUAAAAUGUACAGGUGUAAAUGCUUAGAGCCUGUUUGGCCCUCCAGAAAUCAUUGCAUCUCUUGCCACAGAACAUUUUUUACUGAUGUUGGUUUCGAGGAUCAUAAUGAUGGUAAAUGCACACUGGAUCCACCUGAUAAGGGUAAGUCAGUUGGUGAUUCUUUGAAAAGAAAAGGGAAUAUGAAAUCUGAUGGUAACUCGGGUGGCUGUACUGUGGACAUGGAAAUUGACGAAAAAUCCAAAGGUUUUCAAAAUGACGGAGUAGUUUGUCCUUAUGACUUUGAAGAGAUCAGUACCCAAUUUGUGACUAGAGAUUCUAAUGAAGAAUUGGUGCGGGAAAUUGGUCUUAUCGGUUCAGAUGGGGUUCCUUCAUUUGUUUCAUCUGUUCCACAAUUUGUCGGUGACCCUACCCUAAUACCUGUUCCUCACCAAGAAAUAGAGGAUUUAGGGGAUGAUGCGAAGGCUGCUAAGAGGCCUGUAUUAUCACAAGGAAACUGGAGUAUGGUCAACGGAGUCAAAGAAGGCUUUUCUGAUGGUUCUUUCAAAAGGUCUGUUGUAAAUGAGAUUAAAGUGCAAAAAAACAAAAGACCAGCUUUGAGAUGCUCGGAACAAAGGGAUAAAAUCUCUCCUGCAGAUAACUAUUCUCCUGAACUGGGUAAUGGUCACUGCUGUGUAGUCCCCCAGUCUUCAUUAAGGCCCUUAGUUGGUAAGGUUUCACAGAUUAUGCGGCAACUAAAGAUUAAUUUACUUGACAUGGAUGCUGCACUCUCUGAAGAAGCUUUGAGACCAUCAAAGGCAAGCAUAGAAAGGAGGUGGGCCUGGCGUUCAUUUGUUAAAUCUGCAGAAACAAUAUAUGAGAUGAUCCAAGCAACAAUUGCAUUUGAGGACAUGAUUAAGACUGAUAACUUGAGGAAGGAGUGGUGGUAUUGGUCAUCUCUAUCUGCAGCUGCAAAAGUUUCAACCAUGUCUUCUCUUGCCCUACGUAUAUACUCCUUCGAUGCCAUUAUUGUUUAUGAAAAGUCAUCUGAGUUCCAGUCAAUUGACAAUUUGAAGCCUAGCAGCAUCACUAGAUCAAAGCUGCUCUCCAAGUUGGAUCUACCGGAGAAGUGCAAGGUGAGCCGGAAGACUAGUAAGAAAAGGAAGGAACCAGAAGGCUGAUCUUUGUGAAAUAGGAGUUUCAAAUCCAAGAGGAUCUUAUUUCAAUUAAACUUGAUCCCCAUGGCAAGGGAAACUGGUUGCAGAAAUAUGUCAGAAAGGAUAUCAGAGUCCUAGAAUCAGAACCAAAGUGUUGGUUUGGGUUUGCGUUGACUGUUUGGAGCUAGUGUUCCGGUGUCAGUGCCCCGUAUAUAUAUUGAUAAGGCUAACAUGCUAAUUUGGAUGCUUUGAUUCGGAACCAGAUUCCAUGGAAGCACCUAUGGUGUUGGAAGCUCCAGAGGACCAAUUGACUAGUGAGAAUAUGCAUCCAAUUUUGGACUGAUUUCUGCUGCAUCUUUUUGGUUUCUUUCCUGGAAAGAGAGAUUAUAUACAUAUACAGCAUGAAUUAGUGUAAAAAGAAAAAGAAAAAUAUGGUUGAAGUAGAGCAGGUGUAGAUGAUAUUUCAUUCUUUAUACCUCUCUUUCUCGCCCUCUGGUACCCUUUUGUUUUUCAUCUGGUAUUCGAUGCACCAGAGUUCCUUCGAAGAAUGAAAAAUUCAUGUGUUUUCUUUC